ACUGGCACCAACCGUGACGAUACCCUUGAUAUCGUCGAUCGUUGCGUUGCCAUCCGCCACCCUUGUAGAGGUCUACGCAGGAGCGCAAGCCUGUGCCAACUCACUGAACUGGACUGAGAUGGAAACUAAAUUGCAAACCGAGGGAAGGCUGUUCUUCAUACCGUCCUUUUUGCAGGGCAGAUCGCAACUGUCAACAAUGAUUACGUAUGGACAGACCUGUAACGGUUACACGAUCAUCACAACCCUCAACUGGCCCACGGGGUCUGCCAAAGAGUGCACUCAAAUCAGAGGGAAUCAGGUUGGCGGACGGGCUGCCGUCACUUGCGGAUCGAGCAACAAAUUUGCUAUGGGGAAGGGCUACUAUUUUACGGCCCUGGUGACAGACCAACCGAAUAGGCGUCGCAAUAUGCAAGUCAUUCGAAGAGAGUCGGCCGAGGUGGACUCUCCUGAGUUCGAAGUCACGUACGCUGCGACGACGAGCGACCCGGCGAGGCGUAGACGUUGGAUUGAUCCUGCCAUUGGUGCGGCGGCUUUUAACGCUCACCAUUGUAAGGAAGGCUAUACCGCCUGUCUCCGACGCGGAUCGUUGAAGGGUUUCCAUUGCAUCGACAUCGGCUCCGAUCUGGAAAAUUGUGGCGCUUGCCCAGACAGCCCGUCUAGCCGUGACUGUGGCGAGAUUCCAGGAGUGGCAGAAGUAGCGUGUGUGGAGGGAAGAUGUCGAGUGGUACAAUGCGAGCGAGGCUUUCAACCAUCGAUAAGCGGAACAGAGUGUAUCAAGAACGGACGAGCGCAUCAUCGGGCUGCCUCUCGUACUGCAUUCUGGAAAAGUAGCCUCGAAUGAUAUAUUCAGAUGGCGUUGAAGUAAUCUAUAAGCGGCGAUCUUGUAUAACAAAUCUGGGUGACCCAGCGGGGUUUAUUUAUUCUUGGCUUAGAGCGUUUUGUAACUGUAAAAGUCACACAUCUCCUCCAUAAUAGCAUAUACGUAUC